AUGAGUUCAAAGUUGGACGUGGUGCUGUUCGGACAACUUGAAACAUCAACAGGCCCGAACAGCGUGAACGAAGGCACAGCGCAAAAAUCCUGUCGUCGCUGGAGAUGGAAGAUGCUUGUAGUUUGGCCUGCUGCUGGUGUAAAUCAUUACAGCUUCCUGAAUCUUGUGAGACAAUUGCAGGAGCAAAGUAUGCUCUGCAUAUCGAAGAAAUGCGCCAGAAGUUGCAACGUACGUUCUCGGCGUUGGUCAAUAGCAAAGGGCCAGUUUCUUCAUGACAAGCGCACCUCGCACUCUGCGUCGCAGAAAUUGAACGAGCGAGGCUGCGAAGUUGCCACAUCCACCGUACUCCGCGGACCCUUUGCCAAGAGACUACCUUUCCUCGAACAUUUGGACAACUUCUUCGGCAAGAACUACUUCGUGAACCAGGACCAGAUCGAAUACGUCUCCUACGACUUCGUGAACUCCAGAAAUUUGGAUUUGUUUUAG